GCUAUGUCUACUGGCACCAGGAGCUUUCCCACCACACCACCAGUCACGUGGUGACCACGGUGACGCAUCUGGGCAGCAGCUACAACUGCCACGAUGGCAUGGACGAUAUGUGGGCGCAGGAGAAGAGGGAUUUCUGCUGCUGGAAGCAUCGCAAGGGCUGUCCCGAACCGGUCGUCCCUGCGGAUAGCUACAACUGUGAUGCUGGCUUCGACAAGUGGGAAACGGAGUGGGAGGCCGUGCAGAAGGAAUGGUGCUGCAAGCACCGCAGCCGGGCUUGCCAGCGCUUCCAGUGCGAUCUGGGCUUGCAUGACUUCGCCACUCUCUGGGGUCCCCCGAAGAAGGUCUGGUGCUGUAAGCAUGAGGGGAAAGGCUGCAUCGCUGGCUUCCAGUGGUUC